AUGACUUUGGGUUCCGAAACGAAAACUGAUGUCGAAGUGCCGAUCAUCAAUGGGAAGCACGAAAUUCCUCAAGAGGAAAACGACUCAGGUCACUCGUCGAUAAACACUCCAGACUCAUCAGAACCAGAUAAGCAAGUCGACAAGUUCGUGAAGAUCACUAUUCAACCAUCUUGUGGAGACGCUUUCGAGCUACAUCUCAGCGACAAUGAGUUGGUUCAAGAACUAUACCAGACGCUGCUAGACCGUGAAGCUACUUGUCAUAGAACUUGUUUCUCCUUGUAUUUGAACGGAACAGCCGUAGACAACUACUCUGAAGUCCGUGCUAUUCCGGGAUUCGUUGAUGGGUGCACCUUGAACGUGGUCGAUGAGCCAUACACCAUUCGUGAUGCUCGUCUCCACCUCCGCCAAGUCCGUGAAUUACUCAAAUUUGGACUUACUGAAGAUCAGCACGAGCCCCCGUGUACCAAUGAUGCUCAAUCAUAUUUGACAACAAUCAAUUUGCAACCAGAAGAAAAGAAAGAACCAAAACCUUCCGAUAUUCUUCCACCAGAUCAUGCUCUUCCAGGAUGCAAAGAACGCUCCCUUGCUCAUCUGCUUGUUCCACAACCAAAAGAGCUCAUUGCCCUUAAAGAUAUCGCAUUCUCUCCGUACAACCCUCCACCAGGACCUCGAAAGCUCAGAGGAGAUGUCUUGUACAUCGACAUCACAACAGUUGAAAAUCGCAUCUACCAUGUCACCUGUUGCACUAGAGGUUUUUAUGUGAACAACUCACAAGAUGGACGGUUCGAUCCGACAGUAUCGAAUUCCAAUAAGACUGUCUACCAAAGCGUCAUUGAACUACUUCAAAAUGUCAGUCCAGGAUUCAAGAAAGUAUAUCCUCAAAUUUUGAAGCGGCGUCAAGAAAAGACACUCGUUGAGCGACUUCCAACCAGUUACCCAGUUUCUUCAUGGGUUGGAAAUCCAUUGAAAACUGAUGGGUACAUGAGUGACUCAUUGAGAGCCAUUGAAUUGACAGAGCCGUUCCGGGUUGGAUUUGAAGAUCAUAUGCCAGGACUCCUUCGUGAUUGGAAUGAAGAGCUUCAGACUACUUUCGAGAUGACCCGUAAAUCCAUUUCUGAGCGAGUAAUCCGUGAUCGAAGUUAUUACAAAAUUCAUGCUGAUUACGUAAAUGCUGCUGCGAGAGGUGUUCAAUCUAUUCUUGAUGGAAAUAUAUUGGCUAUAAACCCAGGAGAGGACAAGAAAACUCAUAUGUACAUUUGGAACAAUAUCUUCUUCAGUCUCGGAUUUGACGUCAGAGAUCAUUAUAAGGAGCUUGGAGGAGACGCUGCUGCUUUUGCUGCUACAUCGACCGAUCUUCAAGGAGUGCGGGCAUUUGCAACUCUUGAUGAUCCAAAACUCAACACUCUAGGAAUGGCAAUUUUCGAUUAUCGAGGAUAUCGUGUGACUGCACAAUCCAUCAUACCAGGAAUUUUGGAACGCGAGCAAGAACAAUCUGUUGUGUAUGGAUCGAUAGACUUUGGAAAAACUGUCGUCUCUGAUGAAAAGUAUCACGAACUGCUCGAGGAUGCUGCUCACAAACUGAAAAUGCUGCCUCACACCGUUAUCAGCGAGAAAGACGGAGUUAAGGAAGAGUUGAAGCUUUAUACAAGCUACGAAGCUAAGGGAAUAAUUGGAAACGAUGGUAGAAAAUACGUUUUGGACCUUCUUCGUUCAAUGCCUCCAGAUGUUCAUUAUCUCGAUGACGCAGAGGUCUCUGAGGCCGCUAAAACACUGGGAUAUCCACGAAAAUUCCCGCACAAGCUUUCGGCUCUCCGCCGUGAACUAAUUGAUGCGUUCUGUGAGUCUAGAUUGGUCACUUUCAUCCAGUUAACUGCAAAGAAGAUCCGUGAUCUGAUUACCGAGUCAAAAGAGAAAAAUGAUGAAACUUUGAUUAAGCAAGCAGCCGAAGCAGAAACUGAACUAUCACUACUCUUUAUGGCCAUCAGCGAAGAUAAGGAGUUUGAAGCCAAAAACAAAGUCGUUCAAGAUGCUAUCAAGGAAGCUUGUGCAGUUGUUCAUUCUAUUUAUGAAGAUCGCUAUGUUAUGAAGUUCAAUCCGGAUUGUUUCUCAUCAAAUGUCAAACAUGCACCAACAGAGAACCUUGAACGACAACGCCGUGUUGUUGUGGAUGCCGCAGAUUUCCUCCUUACCCAGAAGAUUCCAGAGCUUGUUCAGAACUUGAAAGAUUGCGUUGUGCAACCAAUUGAUGGAGAUAAUCUUGCUGACAUUAUGCACAUCAAUGGUAUCAAUAUUCGCUAUUUAGGAGAAAUUGGAAAACGUCUUGAAAACAGCGUCUCAUUUGCUCGUCCACUUGUUCUUUCGGAUAUCGUUGCUAGAUCUGCAAAGCAUGUCAUCCGCAAGAUCAAUGUUCAAAUUACUGCUGAUCAACUCUCCGCAAGUACAUCUCACAUUCUCAACUGCCUAUUCUCUGUAGUUUUGGAUCCAAGCCCUAUUGCUGCGAACGUUGCGAAGAAAGCCAAUAAGAAGAACGGCAAGAAACGAGUUACAUCUGCCUGGUCUUCGUUAACCACAUCAGCACUUUGGAAUAGUAUCCGUGAAGAUUCUGCCAGCUAUUAUGGAUACCCGAUUGAGGCCGACUCCCUUGAAAAGUUCACCGAAUUGCAUGAUAUCCAAAAAACUGCUCUUUUCCGCCGCAUUUGCAAAGUCAUGGGAGUUCAGCUCGUAGCAAGAGAUUACCAAUUGGAUAACUCUACUGCAAAGAAAACAUCAAUUUUCGUUGAAGAUGACAUCAUCAACUUCUUCCCAAUCAUCAAGCAUCAUGAACCAUUCACUGCUGAUGCUAAGAAAAUGUUCAUUCGUGGACAACAAGCGAUGUCUAUUGGUGCCUCCCGAGAAGCUUACGAGUGUAUUGGCGAAUCACUAAAUCUCAUGACACUUGUCUAUGGUGUAAUGCAUCCAGAUAUGCCACAAUGUUUGAGAGCUCUUGCAAGAUUGUCCCACGUUCUUGGAGAAACUGGAGAUGCUUUGAACAACCAGCAUAAGGCAGCGGUCAUGAGCGAACGGUUGAUUGGAUUGGAUGCAGGAAAUACCAUUAUUGAAUAUAUCAAUUUGGCCCAUUUCGCAUUUGGAGCACUUCUCAUUCCUGGAUCUCUUCGUCCAUUGUACCGUGCGAGAUAUCUCAUGAAUCUCGUAUUUGGAGAGAAACAUCCUGUAAUGGCUCAAAUUGAUGCCAACAUUGGACUCAUUUUGUUCACUGUUCAAGAGUUCGACACAGCUUUGAAGUACUUGCAAUCGGCUGAUGCUAUCACAAAAACUAUUGGAGAACCGAGAAAGCUGAAGACUGGAUUGAUUUCCAAUUUGAUUGCCCGAACACAUGCGGCUCGUGGAGAUUUCCGAGCUGCUCUAGUUGCUGAAAAGGAAACAUUCGCUAUUUAUUCCGAACUCUAUGGACCAAAUCACCCAAGAGUCAACGAAUCGAGUGAAUAUCUUCGCACGCUUACUCAACAAGCUGUUACAUUCCAAAAGAAAAUGUUGAAACUUGACAAUAGUACAAACAUUACUGAAUUGUUCCAGGCUCAACCUCCAACAGUUACCUCUCUAUUUGAUACCUUAAACAUCAUCAACGGAAUACUGAUCAUUGGUGUUCCUGGAUUGUCUUCUCUCGGAAAACAGCAAAAUGGGACGACUGAAGAGAGCAAGACUACAGAUGUUGCUGCUCAGCUUGACAAUGAGACUCUCGAUUAGAAUUGAUUAGAUAUCACCCAAUUUUUUGGAAGUUGUUUAUCAAAUUUCAAAAAAUUUAGAAUUACUUGUUCGUUGAUUAUUUUAGUUUUUAAUAGUGUAUAGCAUAUAGAUCAGUUUUUGUUUCUUUUUGUUUUGUUUUUUUAGGUGUAGAUAUCAGUUUAGUAAAUAACUUUUUUUUUGUUAGAAAACCGUGACCGCAUUUUCGUUGCUUUUUUGAAAUAAUUAUAUGAGAUAAUUGCACCGUUUCUUUCUCUGAUAACCAAAAACAUUUGCUCAAUUCCAAAAAUCAGCCUGAAAUUUUCAAAUUUGCUCAGGAGCAUUUCCCUCAUUUCCCACAACUUAAUCAAUCACAUGUUCCCGUUUUCAUUGUCUUCUCCAUCUAUCUGUAACCCAUUUCCUUCAUACAUGUUAUGACUGUCGUUCUGACACGAGUGUCCAUCGAAAAACUAAUCAUUUAAAAAAUAUACAUCUCUGAUAAUCCGAGUACACUCCAUCUUUUGUUACACUGAUGCGUUUGUUCUCCUCGUUACCUGUUUUUUUGCCUUAGGAUUCAAAGCCUUGUAGUUUAGUAUGAAUUUUCGUUUUUUUUUAAAUUUUCCAAUCAACUGUUAUAAAAUGUUUAUUGUUUUGUUCUUUCUCCAAUAAUAAAAUCUGAAAAUCU